CGAUAGUCUCUUUUAUAACAUCUAACGUAAAGACUAGACCAAAAAAGAGGCACGUUCCGUGUCUCCCUUCACAUCUACUCUCUCUCUCUCUCUCUCAAUCUCUCUCGCUCCACAUGCUCCCACAUUAGCGCCCCUUCCCCUCUUCCUCGAGAUGCGUUGGGAUUUGUGAAUCUGUUUUUCUGCUAGUUACACUAACCUAUACAUACAUAAACACACUGUUAUAGUAUAUUAUAUACAAUAAUGAGCCGUACAUCUUCGGUUAGCGGUGGCGCUAGAUCAACCGCCGGAGCUCAUCAACGGCGUCACUCGCUCACUAAUUCAACCGUCGCCGAAGAUCAUUUAGCUAUGCUCGAUCUCUUCUCUCGCAAUCGACGCAAUGAUGCCUCUUCCGACGUGAAAUUAGGGAGGCUCUCGCUUGGAUCAGCGGUUAAGCAGAAUCCGAAACCUGGAUUUGAUGAUCUUUUGUCGUCUGUUGAUGCCGGAGGAAAGAAUGAUUACGAUUGGCUUCUUACUCCUCCUGGAACUCCUCUGUUCCCCUCGUCAGAUGGGAGCGAAUCGCAACCUGCAACAUUUGCUCCAAAAAGAAGUACCAGAUCUGUUUCAACAACUAAGGCUUCGAGGUUUUCGGUCUCUGAAUCCGAGAACAUCCAUCCUUCAAGACCAGCCCGAAGCAGUUCGGUUACUCGCCCUGCUGUAUCUAGUAGUCAGUAUAGCACCUUUUCAAAUAAAUCCUCCUCUAUUCUUAACACAAGCUCUGCUUCAGUUUCAUCUUAUAUUAGACCCUCCACCCCCACCACUCGAUCUUCAACCAAUUCAAGACCUUCCACCCCAACAAGCCGUUCGACUCCAUCACGGUCCUCAACUCCUUCAAGAGUGCGUCCAUCGCCACCAAGCUCAUCUGCUGACAGAUCAAGACCAUCCACAAAUUCUAGACCUUCAACUCCUACAUCUAGGCCUCAAAUACCGGCAAACUUGAACACCCCAAUCACUCGAACAGUUUCUAGGCCAUCUACUCCAACGCGUCGGAAUUCGGCACCAUCUUUAUCUCAAUCAACUGGACCUUCAACCCCAGUUCGCACCAUUUCAAAUGGGAGCCGGGCAGCACCAGGAUCUCGGCCAAGCAGUCCUAGUCCCAGAGUUCGGCCCCCACCUCAGCCACUUGUGCUGCAUGAUUUUCCACUUGAUACUCCACCUAAUCUACGAACAACUUUGCCGGACCGGCCACUUUCUGCUGGCAGAUCCAGGCCAGGAUCCACCCUCCCUGUAAAGGGAAAUGUCGAGACUCAAAGCCAUGCAACACUCAGAAGGCCAUCAUCACCAAGUGUCACUAGGGGAAGGCACUCGGAGCCUAAUGGAAGGCUCUCAGAGCCUCAUGGAAGGGGCCGCAUGCAUGCCAAUGGUCAGGUUGUUGAUACAGUGGAGUCGCAUAGACCUUCACAUGUCCUAGAAGCAUCAACAAGGAAACUUGGAAAGGCAUCUCCAGACACCACAGGAUUAGGGAGGACAAUAUCCAAAAAAUCAUUGGAUAUGGCUAUUAGACAUAUGGAUAUCAGGAAUGGGACCAAUGGAACACGUCCAGUUAUGGGCUCAACCCUCUUCCCACAAAGUAUAAGGUCUGCAAAUUCCAGAGGCCAGCCUGGUCGGUCUACAAGUGUUCCAGCAGCAGUAGAUCGAAGUAUGCCUGUUAACAAUAACAGCGUCUUCUCGGAAAAUGGACAUUAUGUAAACAGGUAUCCUGAAAAUGUGAACUCAGAAAACAAAUAUCCAGUUUCUUCAAGAGUGAGUGACGUGGACAUAUACGAGAGUUCGCGAUAUGAUGCAAUUUUGCUUAAAGAGGAUCCAAAAGACACAAAUUGGCUGCACAAUGGUGAUGACAAAUUUGAUCAAGGACCCAUAUUUGACAACGGGUUUGAACAAUUGCCAGAACCUUUUGGCCCCUUGUAACCUUGUUAUUCGUGCUUGUUAUUUCCUUCUUUGUUUCUUUAAAUCCUCACAAGCGACUUGGCUCGUAUAUAGAGAAUUACAAAAUUGCAUUCUACUGUACUGCAAGGGGUGUCUUGUUACCUCUUGAUUGUCUGUGUUUAUAAAGUAUUUGAAUUGGACA